AUGAUUGCUUAAGAUUCAAUUGCAAAAUAGCACCAUACACAUUAUCAUCAUAAAAGAAUCAAUCUAGAUAAAGCAUCUUUAAAAAAUAAGACUGCACUAUCCUUAGCAGUCCCAAAAUUUAAGUGUACAGCAUUAUUUUGUACAGAUAUCAAGACCCAAGAACUUUGUGAUAACACAGGCGAAUGUGUCUGGAACAAUAAUGGCGCAUGUGAACUGUUUUCUGGAUGUGGGUCCUAUUAAGUUGAUAAAAAAGAGGAUUGCUUGUUAAAGAGCACUUAAACUAAGUUUUGUACAUACGAUGAGGAAUAGUAGAGUAAUGGGAAAUACAAUUGCAUCAAUGAUCUAUCAAAAUCAGGUGGUGGCUUUAUGACUUGUUUCACAUUAAAUGAUGAGAGUCUGUGCAAUCAAUAUGAAUAUGCUGUAUGCACUUGGAGAACCUUUUCGCAGUGCUAGGAUGAAUCGGAUGAAGUUAAUACGUGUUAGCAAUAUCAAUAUUGUAUUGGUGAGGAGAGUAAAGAUUGUGCAGAUCUCUCGGGAUUUUAAGAUAAGUGUGAUAAAAGAGAAAAUUAUUGCAAAUGGAUUAAGGAUAAUAGUACAUGUAUGGAGAAAGAAUGUUCUGAUUAUGCAUCAGAAACUGAUUGCAAAAGUAUUUUAACAGAUGAUUUAAAACGAGCUAAGCCUUGUACAUGGGAAGAAGGAUCAUGCAUUUAAGGGUUUAAUUUGACUAAAUUAAAUAAGUACAAUUGUUUGAUUGAUUCAUUGAACACUUCUAUGUGGAAUGAAGUUGAAUAGAGAUGUCAAAGUUGUUAAUUUGAAAAAAUAUUGAAUUUUAUUAUUAUUGUAUUGUUAUUAUUAUAAUGA